AUGUAAAAUGGAGCGCGUCGGCGCAUGGCUUGCGUGAUCAGUCAUUGGUGUGGGCGCGUCAAAUGUUUUAAACAUAAAGUCGAGCAGCAGGCCCGAGUAGUCUUCGUGUUAAAUAAUGAACAAUAAUUUGUGGAAUAAAAGAGGCGAGGGGGCGGACGGUGAGCUGUAAUAGAUGUUUAUUGGGGAAUCGGUAAACCCGGACUGCAACCAAGCCGUCGUAUGUGCGGAUAUACGUGUAAUAAGAGUUCCGUCGGUACUUGAGGCCUCCGUCUUCUGUCUGUCGUUGGUUGCACUCGGUGCGUGGGGCGGGCGGUUCCCACACGCAAGACAAGGCGAAGCAACAAGUGUCACCCGGAGUUUGAUUCGAGCGAUACUCGAUCUGCGGCGCCGAUUUCACGCCAAAGUUGUUCCUGCCAGGCGUCCCAGUCACUCUAACGAGGACGAUUUGAACGAUUUAUUGAACGUUACAGCAAGGAAUCAAAAAAUGGGAUGCGCCGUUAGCACUACCGGCGACAAGGAGGCCGCCGAGAGGUCUAAGAAAAUUGACAAAGAUCUCAGAAUGGAUGGCGAACGCGCUGCCAGCGAGGUCAAACUCCUACUGCUUGGUGCUGGAGAGUCUGGAAAAUCGACAAUCGUUAAGCAGAUGAAAAUCAUUCAUGAAACUGGGUACAGUAAAGAAGAGUGCGAAGAGUAUAAACCAGUUGUUUAUAGCAAUACCAUACAGAGUCUGAUGACAAUUAUCAGAGCAAUGGGUCAGCUAAGAAUUGAUUUUGCAGAUCCAAAUAAAGUGGAUAUCGCCAGGCAAUUUUUCACUCUAGCAUCGGCAGCAGAGGAGGGUGAGCUGACGGGAGAGCUAGUUUUAUUAAUGAAGAGAUUAUGGCAGGAUGCGGGAGUACAGCUUUGUUUCACACGUAGCAGAGAAUAUCAGCUCAAUGAUUCGGCGGCAUAUUACCUCAAUGCUCUUGAUCGCAUUGCCCAACCCCAUUACAUACCGACACAGCAGGAUGUUCUCAGGACCAGAGUUAAAACGACAGGAAUCGUUGAAACGCACUUUUCGUUCAAAGGGCUUCACUUCAAAAUGUUCGAUGUUGGUGGGCAAAGAUCAGAACGUAAAAAAUGGAUUCACUGCUUCGAAGGGGUGACAGCGAUAAUAUUCUGCGUUGCAUUGAGCGGUUACGAUUUAGUUUUGGCCGAGGAUGAGGAGAUGAACAGAAUGAUAGAGUCGAUGAAGUUGUUCGAUUCGAUAUGUAACAGUAAAUGGUUUGUCGAUACGUCGAUAAUUCUGUUUUUAAACAAGAAAGAUUUGUUCGAGGAUAAAAUAACGAGGAGUCCUUUGACUAUAUGCUUUCCCGAAUAUAAGGGGCCCAAUACAUACGAAGAUUGCGCAUCAUACAUUCAGAUGAAAUUUGAAAAUUUGAACAAAAGAAAAGACCGUAAACAAAUAUACACGCACUUCACAUGUGCGACCGACACCAAUAAUAUUCAAUUCGUAUUCGAUGCUGUGACUGAUGUUAUAAUUAAGAACAACUUGAGUAACUGCGGGUUAUUAAGCUGAACAAUUUCAGAAUCCAUCGAUGAUGCCGAUUAAUUUGAAACAUUCUGAAUACACGACACGUCCAUGUUUUUCACCUCUAAUACUGGUUAUUAAUGGUUGAUAAAUCGAGGGCGUUCAUCCAUUUGGAAUGAUUUAAAAACUCUGGCGAAUUAUCUGUCCGGAUCAGAGAAUAUAAAUUUUUCACCAAAUCUCAUCAGGCAUUUAGUUUUUAGACAUUAGGUGUAUAAUUAAAAUCUUCAUUCCUAGUACGCGAUACUUAAUCAAAAUGAAUAUAAUUUAAAUCAUAAUCCACGUUUGAUAGAAAGUUUUUUUUUUUUUUUUGUUCGAAAAGCACAUUUAUACCGCACAGAAUCUACGCGCCGAACUCGUCUUCAUAGUUUAUAGAAAAUCAUAGCAUGGCACUUUUCUAAUGUUUUUUUUUUUUAUACUUUGUAUAUUAGAAGUAAAUUAGCUUUAUUACGCAUAAUAUACUCGAUAUAUCGUUUUAACAGUAAACUAUGGCACGUUCGUUUCUUGUCAGUUUCUGGAAAAUUAUUUUUAAUAUCAUGAGUUAUUAAUCCAAAAUUGAUGUGAUCGUAGGGUGCUUAAAAAGGCGGUGUAUUCUCUAUUCCAUUUUUUGUUUCUACUUUAAAAUUGGAAAAUUUUAUUAUUCUGCGUCGGUCAAAAAUAAUACGACAGAGAAAGCUUCGUAAAAGCCCAAACUUCUUGCGUAUAUUUUAAUAAAAAUAUUUAAACGUCGUUGAAAAAAUUUAUAUAAGUUAUACUCCAUUGAAUUAAAACUAUUUUUCUUUAAAUAUAUAUAUAUUCACUGUGAUUUCGUAAGCAAAUUGGAUGAAAAAACAGGCCGUGACGAACAACAAUUUAUCAUUGUUUAACCGGAAAUUUAAAACGUAACUUUUCUCGCUUCAUCACACAAGUUUCUAUCAUGUUUUCAAUGAUGUUUAAGAAGAUUUAUUGCUGUAAGCCAGAUUGCUAGAAUACAAAACCAAUAUUAGAUUAGAAACACAAAACUUUUUUUAAACACCCUAGAUGUGUGUACGUCUUUUAAGUAGCUCCAGCAAAUAUGGUUUUGUUCCGAUCGUGUCGUAGUUUAAAAAAUAGUCUGAAACAAUCGUCUGUAUAUAAUUUAUUAUAAAGGAAGAAGAAAAAUGAAAGAAAAUGUAAAAAAAAAAAGGAAAGAGAAAGAACCUACUGGAAUCUCAACUCUAGUACCUAAAAUCUCUCAAUGGACCAAUUUGUGUGUUAGUUAAUAAUAAUAAUAUCUGAUUUAAUU